AUGCCAAGUCGUCCGGAUAAACAGCUGGCAUUUAUCCGCGCUGGUGAGACGUGGUCGGAAUUCCAGGAAGUCUUCGUUAUAAAUCUUCCAUCCCGCACCGACCGCCGCGAUGCCAUGUCGCUCGCAGGUGCCGUGACAGAUGUUCACCUCAACUACGUGAAUGGUGUUGAUGGCGGCAAGAUCCCGGACAAGGUGUUGCCAGCUGACAGCUGGAACAAGAAAAUCAACGUUGGAAAUAAGGGUUCGUGGAGAGCACAUAUGAACGUGCUACGAAGCAUCGUUGAAAGCAAUCUUACAUCAGCACUAAUACUGGAAGACGAUACAGACUGGGACGUCAGGAUCAAGUCACAGCUGCAGGUCUUUGCACUCGCGUCUCGAAGCUAUCUACAGCCAUUGCGAGACGGCUCCAUGCUGAGCGACAAAUACGAUAGCCCAGUGCCACAUCGUCUGAGCACUGAGGAAGUCGCGACUAGCUACACUGUCGCUCUCCCUGAUGCACCGCCAUACCAGGUACCAAAGAGAAGCCCAUAUGGUGAUAACUGGGACGUUCUAUGGCUCGGGCACUGCGGCACUGAGUUCCCGGGCUCUCUGCGGGAACUGCAUCACGAUGCAGAUCUUAACAAGGCGAACUCCUCGUUGCUUCGCAUUUCCGUACCAAACGAUCCUACGGUUCCCGUACCUCGACAUCUAAGGCCUCAUCCAUUUGCGCUACAAGAUGACCUUGGUGAAGCCUACGCGCCUGGCACGAGGGUGGUGCAUGCCUCGAGUGGCACACUGUGCACGCAAGCGUAUGCCGUCAGCCAGGCUGGUGCACGCAGGUUACUGCACCAAUUUGGCCUUGAGACCUUCACUACAGGUUUCGACCUAAUGUUGCGAGAUUGGUGCGAUGGGAUGUACUUGCAUGGAGGAAGCGAGAAGCAGGGUCGGCAUAAGGGGAUGCCAAUGUGCCUUACUGUACAGCCCCCUUUGUUCUCGCAUUGGCUUUUCGAAAAGGAAGCGAGUUCGGAUAUCAUGGCCCAGGGCGGCGGCUAUCUUCAUAAGUCAGGGUCGCAGUAUCAGAGAUUGAGUACACGUCUGAAUCUCGCGCGCCUGGUCGAAGGAACCCAACUGGACGACUUGAGGGAUCAAUGGCCUGACUCGGAGGAAGACGGUUUAGCUUGA